CUAAAGCUACAGUAUUCCUUUUUCCUAGGGAACCAACCAUCGGAGGGCGAUCUGCCCACCUGAACUUUCUUCAGUGUUCUUGGUGAAUUUGGAAAGAGGGAUUCUUGAGUACAAAUCCUCCAUAUAUGACACUUCUAUUCGAGGAGAACUGGACACCACCACUAUUUCAGCCAAAGAAUAUGCAAGUGUUCCUACAGCUUGGCCUUAGCCUUGUAUUGCUUGCAGCACAAUUCACAACUGGAAAUGCGGUUCCCAGUCCACAGUGCCGAAGGCAGUGUGGUGCUGUUGAGAUACCGUACCCAUUCGGCAUCGAUCCAAACUGCUCACUCGCAAGAGGUUUCGACAUCAGUUGCAAGGUCCAGAAUGGCAUCCCCAAGCCAUUCCGAGGCGACUUUGAGGUGCUUAGCAUUUCCUUGACUCAGGGCACGAUGCGGGUGCUCAAUUACAUUGUGGCCCAUUGUUACAACACCUCUACAAAUAGCAUGGAGUUUAUGGGCCGUUUCAAUGGGUACGUGGGCCGACCUUCCUCUCCGCUUCGUCUCUCCGAUGUCCAAAAUAGGUUCACGGUCAUUGGAUGCAAGGCCCUCUACUUGAUCUCCGAUGGCAACGGCACAGGCUACCAAGGUGUAGGCGUCUCAACAUGUCGCAACUUUUCAGACUUAGUAGAUGGGUCAUGCUCCGGCAUAGGAUGCUCCCAGACUAUGAUACCAAAGAUGAUGUACAACUAUGGCACAACUACCUCGGAUUUUUUCAACACAAGCCAAAUCUGGGAGUUUAACAGGUGCAGCUACGCUGUGCUAAUGGAGGCAGCAUCAUUCAACUUCAGCACCAUGUACGUAAACACCACCAAGUUCAAUGACACGAAUGAUGGGCGGGUACCCAUGGUCCUUGACUGGGCGAUAAGAGAUCAUAGGUGUGAUGUCGCCACGCAGAACAAGACAGGCACUUAUGCAUGCCUUAGCAGCAACAGUGUGUGCAUUGAUUCCCUCAAUGAUAAUGGAUACAUAUGCAACUGCUCCCAGGGAUACAAAGGCAACCCUUAUCUUCCAUAUGGCUGCCAAGAUGUUGAUGAAUGCAGCGACAAUCCAUGUCCUUCAGGCGGCUCUUGCCACAAUACGGUUGGAGGAUUUCGGUGUUCUUGUGGAGUAGGAAGAAAAUUGGAAAGCAAUACAUGCAAUCCUGAUACUGGCUUAAUAAUAGGAGUUACAAUGGGAUUAUUUGGUGUAAUGGUUAUCAUCAUGAUCGGUGUCUUCUGGGGACAAAUGAUAAUCCAAAAGAGAAAAUUGAACAAAGUUAGGCAGGACUAUUUUCAACAGCAUGGAGGCUUGCUUUUGUUUGACAUGAUGAAAUCAGAGAAAGGCCUUGCAUUCACGGUAUUUUCAGAAUCUGAACUCAUAGAAGCCAGUGACAACUUUGACAAUAGCAGAAUACUUGGAAAAGGAGGACACGGAACCGUCUACAAAGGAAUAAUAAAGAACAACAUGCCAGUUGCAAUUAAAAGAUGUGCAUUAGUUGACGAAAGGCAAAAGAAAGAAUUUGGCCAAGAGAUGCUCAUUUUGUCCCAAAUCAAUCACAAGAACAUCGUUAAGCUCCUGGGUUGUUGCCUUGAGGUGGAAGUUCCAAUUCUAGUCUAUGAGUUUGUCCCAAAUGGUACACUAUUUGAGCUUAUCCAUGGCAAGAACCAAGCAUUGCAAAUAUCCUUUAGCACUCUCUUAAGGAUUGCUCAUGAAGCAGCCGAAGGACUCAGCUUCCUACAUUCGUACGCGUCUCCCCCAAUAAUUCAUGGUGAUGUGAAAACUGCCAACAUCCUUCUUGAUGACAACUACAUGGCCAAAGUGUCAGACUUUGGAGCUUCCGUACUAGUCCCAUCUGACAAAGAGCAGUUUGUCACAAUGGUUCAAGGUACUUGCGGAUACCUUGAUCCUGAAUACAUGCAAACAUGCCAGUUAACAGACAAAAGCGAUGUGUACAGCUUCGGAGUUAUCCUUUUAGAGAUCCUCACUGGUCAGUUGCCACUGAAGCUCGAAGGGCCUGAGAAGCAAAGAAGCUUAUCGUUGAUUUUCUUAUCUGCUAUGAAGGAGAACAAUCUUGAUGCAGUGUUGGUGAGCCAUGUGAAAGGACAAGAGAGUAUGGAACUGUUGAGAGGACUCGCAGACCUAGCUAAAAGAUGCCUAGAUAUGUGUGGUGACAACAGGCCCUUAAUGAAAGAGGUCGCGGACGAGCUCAAUAGAUUGAGGAAACUUUCGAUGCAUCCUUGGGUACGGCUCGACGUGGAGACAGAUGCAGAAAGCCUUCUUGGAGAAGAAUCCACCAGUGGUUAUGACAUAGAAUUAAGUGGGUAUCCUAUGGGCGAAAGUGAGAACCAGCCAAUAAACCCAAGAAGUUCCUAUUAUGCAAGGUGAUUAAGAUACGCAUAAUAAGUAUAUUAAAUCGCUAAUUGCAGAUAAAAAGAA